AGUUGCUAACUAGCUCGGGGAUCAGAAAUCCCUAGCGCUUUCUUCAACAGCUCCAACGCUCCUCUCCGUCGUUUGCUGGUCUCCUUGCCAUCGCCGGUGCGUCUGCCAGGGGCCACCGCCGUCACCUUUCUCCUCUGCUCAGGUUCUCGGGUUGCUGCUUGUUUUCCUCCUCUGUCCGGCGUGAUCCUCUCUUCUCCUCAACCGACGUUGUGGUGAUUAUUUUUGCAAUGGGAAGGAAAAAGACAGAGGAAGCCGGCGCUGCUGCAAAGGCUAAGAAAGAAAAGUUCUCUGUCUCUGCCAUGCUUGCUAGUAUGGAUGAAAAACCUGAUAAACCCAAGAAAGCAUCUUCAUCCAGUAAGCCCAAGGCAAAAUCUGCUCCAAAAGUUUCUACAUACACCGAUGGUAUUGAUCUUCCUCCCUCUGAUGAUGAAGAAGAUGAUGUCAUGGAAGAGGAGGAAGAACAAGAUAGUGCACCUAAGCGGUCCACUCAGCAGCAAAGGCCUGACUUAAAGCCUCUUGAGGUGUCUGUCACUGACAAAGAGGUAAAAAAGCGGGAAAAGAAGGAUCUUCUAGCUGCUCAUGCUGCAGAGUUGGCGAAACAGGAAGCACUUAGGGAUGACCGUGAUGCUUUUACUGUGGUCAUUGGAAGCCGGACUUCAGUGCUUGAUGGAGAAAAUGACACUGAUGCCAAUGUGAAGGAUGUGACAAUAGAGAACUUUUCUGUGUCAGCUCGGGGUAAAGAACUCCUUAAGAAUGCAUCAGUGAAGAUAUCUCAUGGGAAGAGGUAUGGUUUAGUUGGGCCCAAUGGAAAGGGUAAGUCCACACUGUUGAAGCUCCUUGCCUGGAGGAAGAUACCAGUGCCAAAGAAUAUUGAUGUGCUUCUGGUUGAGCAGGAGGUUGUUGGUGAUGAUAAAACGGCGCUUGAAGCUGUUGUUUCAGCUAAUGAAGAACUUGUUAAAACCCGACAAGAAGUGGCUCUUCUUCAAAAUGCAAGUUCUGUUGAUGAAAGUGGAGACAAGGAUGAUGGUUAUGAAGAUGAUGCAGGAGAGAAGCUUGCUGAGCUGUAUGAGAAGUUACAGUUGAUGGGAUCUGAUGCAGCUGAAGCUCAGGCAUCAAAGAUUCUAGCAGGAUUAGGUUUUACAAAGGAUAUGCAGGCCCGCGCUACAAAAUCAUUUAGUGGGGGUUGGAGGAUGAGAAUUUCUUUAGCCAGAGCGCUUUUUGUUCAGCCAACUCUAUUAUUGCUUGAUGAACCAACAAAUCAUCUUGACCUGAGAGCUGUUCUCUGGUUGGAGGAGUACUUGUGCCGUUGGAAGAAGACUUUGGUGGUCGUUUCACAUGAUAGGGAUUUCCUAAAUACAGUUUGUAAUGAGAUUAUUCAUCUGCAUGAUCUGAAACUUUAUAUCUACCGUGGAAAUUUUGAUGAUUUUGAAAGUGGUUAUGAGCAGCGCCGCAAAGAGAUGAAUAAGAAGUUUGAGAUUUAUGAUAAGCAAAUGAAAGCAGCCAAAAGAAGUGGAAAUCGGGUUCAGCAGGAAAAGGUGAAGGAUCGAGCUAAGUUUGCAGCUGCUAAGGAAGCAGCAAAAAGCAAGGGUAAAGGCAAGGGCAAGGUUGAUGAGGAUGAUACCCCAGCAGAUGUUCCACAAAAGUGGAGGGAUUACAGUGUUGAGUUUCACUUCCCUGAACCUACUGAACUAACACCUCCUUUGCUGCAGCUCAUUGAAGUGAGCUUCAGCUAUCCAAAGCGGCCAGAUUUCAGACUCUCAAAUGUUGAUGUUGGCAUUGAUAUGGGGACUCGUGUCGCCAUUGUUGGGCCUAAUGGAGCGGGAAUGCUGAAUCUUCUUGCGGGUGACUUGUCUCCAACUGAGGGUGAAGUUCGAAGAAGUCAGAAAUUGAGGAUCGGAAGAUAUUCCCAGCACUUUGUGGACCUCCUAACAAUGGAUGAAACACCUGUCCAGUAUCUUCUUCGUCUUCAUCCAGAUCAGGAAGGACUCAGUAAGCAGGAGGCUGUUCGAGCAAAACUUGGCAAGUUUGGAUUGCCUAGUCAUAAUCAUCUUACCCCUAUUGUCAAACUAUCAGGAGGGCAGAAAGCUCGGGUGGUAUUCACCUCAAUAUCCAUGUCAAAGCCCCACAUUUUGCUGUUGGAUGAACCUACUAAUCAUCUAGACAUGCAAAGUAUUGAUGCGUUAGCUGAUGCAUUGGAUGAAUUCACUGGUGGAGUUGUUCUUGUUAGUCAUGAUUCUAGAUUGAUAUCGCGUGUAUGUGAUGAUGAAGAGAGGAGUCAAAUAUGGGUAGUUGAGGAUGGUACCGUCAAAUUCUUUGAUGGAACUUUUGAGGAUUACAAGGACGAAUUGCUGAGAGAAAUUAAAGCUGAAGUCGAUGAUUGAGCUUGCUUUGACAACAGUUAAUUUAUGGCAUCAGUUCAUCCACAUAUAUAUCUUGUUUUACAGUUGGUUAUGUAUUUGUACAAUAAAAGUUACCUGCAUCAUACAGAUGCCAGAUUUUGGUCCUGCACUUUACCACCUCUUUUGCUCUGGCCUAUUUAUACAAUGAGUGUGAUCACUAUGUUGCGAGAGAAGCUAUAAAUUUUUUUGCUUUGGAGCAAUUUUUCUUUUCA